GGGGCUACCAGGCGUGACUUUAUACGUCAUGCAUAUUUAGCUGCACCUUCGGUAUCCUCAUUGGAUCUGGGGGUUUCAGGGCCGGAUGGCCUUCCGCUUCCGCCCCAACAUCCGUGUAUGGGAAGGAACCAUCCGACGAUACCCUUUUCGAUAAGCGCUCGUGGAGAUCUAAUUCUCGUCGUACAUCGGAAUUGCGAACCGGUUUCAGGGAUGUUAUCUUAGAAUUAUUGAUUAAAUCGGAAGCCGUCUUUUGAUCCGUCUCAUCCUUCCGCCAUACCCUACCCUCGAUAUCAGACCAUUAUGCACCGAUGAAUAUGUAUAAGAGUUAGCUCAGACAUCAAUCUAUCGUGCCGAAGAUAACCUCCAGGGCAGAAAGGCCUAUUAUAGAACAUUCGUGCUUUUUUACAUCCCACCAUGCGUUAUACUCCUGACGUCUCACUCAGCGACUACGGCGUGUCCCUUCGAAAUGGCUUUCUCCCCGAUUCUCCUCCUUUGACGAUAAUAGAGAAUCCAUACUACUGGCCAUGGGAGCAUGUUGUCGGUGAUCUACAGGCCCAUAUCCAGGCUAGAACUAUCAGGCAGGCCGUCGAAAAUCUGCCUAUUCUUUCCACGUCGAAGCUACAAGGAGAACCAGAGUGGCGGAGAGCCUAUCUUCUACUUGCCUAUCUCACCCAUGCUUAUAUUUGGGGUGGUGACAAGCCUCAGGAUGUCUUGCCCCCUGCGAUAUCAUGCCCAUUCAUCGAAAUUUCGAGUCACUUAGAGCUCCCCCCAUGUGCAACCUACGCAGCCCUUAACUUAUGGAAUUUCGCAGUUCCACACCCUGAUGCCGACCUCACCGAUCCUGACCUUCUAUCAGUCACCGCCACAUUCACCGGAACCCAAGAUGAAGAAUGGUUCCUCAUGAUCUCUGUCGCACUGGAAGCCAAGGGAGCUCAGCUGAUCCCGUUGAUGCUUGACACGAUUCAUGCCGUCAAUAUUGAUGACGCUCAACGUGUAAGCGAUCUACUUCUCUCGUUCAGCAAAGGCCUCAAAGAACUUCGCAUGCUACUGGAGCGGAUGUACGAAAAGAACCGCCCGUCUGUAUUCUACCAUCAACUCCGUCCACUUCUGGCGGGCAGUAAAAACAUGGCAUCAGCUGGACUGCCGAAUGGCGUCUUCUACGAUAUUGGCAAUGGCCAAGGAAAAUGGCACCAAUAUAGUGGAGGAAGCAACGCACAGAGCUCGUUAAUCCAGACAUUCGACAUAUUCCUGGGCGUGGAGCAUUCCGCUACCGGGGGUAUGAAGAAUCAUGGCUCGGCUCAGCCAAAAAAGAACAACGGGUUCAUGCAGGAAAUGAGGAAUUACAUGCCAGGCCCUCACCGACGCUUCCUUGAAAUGUUGACCAGGGUCACGAAUGUUCGUGCUUAUGCGCUGAGUCACAAGGCUGAUUCACCAAUCCGAGACGCAUACAACACUGCGGUCAUGUCUCUGGGAGUAUUCAGGGACUCGCACAUACAAAUCGUCACGCGAUACAUCAUCAUGGCGGCAAGAACUAAACCACCGACCAGUGGACCCGCGCAGGUUAAUCUGGCCACGUCAACGACGACUCAGAUGAAAGAAUUGAAUGAGAAGGUUACUGGGGGCAUCCAUGGAACGGGUGGAACAGACCUUAUACCGUUCCUCAAACAAACCCGAGAUACGACUAAAGCUACAGCAAGUUACGAGGAUUAGGUGUUGACAUACGGGGAGUAUGUAUUUUUUUUUUUUCUUUCUGUUCUUUUUAAAGUUUCAUGUACAUAGUAGCGAGCCUGAGAGCGGAAUUGAGGGUUUCAGAAUUAGCUUUUUUUUCUCAUUGAUAAUG